UAAGCAGGACAGCCCGGGAGAAUAUAUCAUGCGACGGACAGUGGCUGUGCUGAACAGUGUGGGAUCUUUGGGCACCUGGUGUUUGGCUUGUCUUCGUAGGUGCUGUGACCAUGGCAUCCCAAGGCCAGGUCAUUUUCUGGAGCAUGACUACAGUCAUUAUCAUCCUGGCUGCGGUGAUUGCCCUGAUCAUCGGUUUUGGUGUCUCAGGAAAACGCUCCAUCAGUGUGAUGGCACUGACGUCUCCCGGGAAUAUCGGCCAGCGUGGCAUCCUGGGCUGCACUUUCGAGCCUGACAUCCGGAUGGGCAGCAUAGCAAUCCGCUGGGCCAAGGUGGGAGUAGCUGGGCUGGUUCACGAGUUUAAAGGUGGGAAGGAUCACCUGCAAGAGCAAGAUGCAUCGUUUCAAGGCCGCACGGCAGUGUUUGUGGACGAGGUGAUCGGUGGCAAUGCUUCCCUGGAACUGAGGGACGUGCGGCUCUCCGACGCCGGUACCUACCGGUGCUCUGUCACCACAGCCAGAGGGAGCGGGGCGGCAGUGCUGCGGUACAGGACGGGAGCCUUCAGCACUCCCAAGGUCCACGUGGAGAACAGCAGCAGCGGGGACACAUUGCAGUGCGAAGCACCACGCUGGUUCCCUCGACCCACCGUGCACUGGACAGCCUACAGCGACACCGGGGAGUACCUACCUCGUGUCGCCAACACCAGCUACGAGCUGAACGCAGAAAACAUCACUCUGAAAGUGGUUUCCUUUCUGCACAACAUUACUGUUAACACCACCUACACCUGCGUGAUUGAAAACAACAUUGCCAAGGCUACAGGCAACAUCAAAGUGACAGAUUUCAGCAUUACAAGGGGGACCAACUUGCAGCUGGUGAACCUGAAUGCGGAGUCAGUGUCUUCCUCCCUGCCAGCCUGUCACUGGAUGCUUCUGCUUUCUCUGUACCUGCUGUCAAUAUAAAGCCUCUACAAAACAAUCAGAAACACUGCUGGACCUGGGGAAAGAGAGCGAGGGACGUGAUAAGGAGAGUUGCCUAAGUAAAGGAAAAACUCUGAUCACAGGAACAAGAUGUGUUCUUUCGGAAGUAACCCAGUGACCAGGACUCUGAUCAUGGGCAGAAGCUCAGAGAGACAAACAGGAAAAGGGUUUCCUGCAAUACAUGUAAGAACUGGUCCUUCAAACUCAGAGUACUAAAAGCAAGCAAAUUUUAAUUCCCUCCAAACAGAUUUGAUUCGUCCAUCUCAAUCCUUGUAAGCUUCUAAAUGUCCUAAUAAAACUGUAAAUAAGAGAGUCAGUUAAUCUAUUCAGUCUUUUCAGAAGACUGUAAUCAAACUCCCCUUCUGAAAAAGAUACUGUGAAUGGCAAAACACGGAUGGAUUAGAAAAUAGCCAUCAUGCUCAGAGUAAGCGCUAGGUCUUCAGCCUGGCAAAGGGAAACAGUGUGUCACAGUCCUGUAUGAGGACUGACAAUUGCAUUUGUAAUGUGAGAUAAAAGAGGAACAGGUGAGUAAUAAGCGUGGCAGCAGACAGAAGACUAACAUGUAAUGAGGAGGAAAAGAGGGAGACUGGUAAGAUAGUAAUGGAAAGUUCAAAUUCAGAACACAGAUAUUAAACACAGUUACAACUAUAGAGACAAAUUUGCCUUUUUGUGUUAUCUGUUAUC